GUCACUUCCCGUAGUUGCCGGUGUCAUGCCUGCUCUCUUGCUGAGCGCGUGGUAGCGAUUGUUGGUCUUUUCCCUUCUUUUUAUUUUAGUAAGCUGUUACGAUUUACAGAAGUAAACAGCUAAAAUACUCAGAAUUAACGAAUAUUGUCAAUGUGCAGUUGGCUGAUGUGUUUUACCUUCAUAUUCGAGUGCAGAGUUUAAGAAUUCAUGGCAGAAACGGUCCAAGAAAAGAGUACAGGACUAAAGUUCGCUGAGGAGCAGCUUCUACGACACGGAUGGGAAAAGGGUAAAGGUCUGGGCAGAGCAGAGAAUGGCAUUUCAGAGGCGAUUAAAGUCAAAGUUAAAUGUGAUAAAGGAGGGAUGGGCCAUAAGCAAGGAGAGCAGUUUAGUUUCCACUGGUGGGACCAUGUUUUUAACAAAGCCUCGUCUGGUCUGGUAGUGGAAUCGGGGCAGAAUGGUGUGAUGGUGAAGAAAUCAGAUGACAGCAGUGAUGGACUGAUCUCCAACAAGAAGCCACGCAAAGCUCAGCAAGCCAAGUCCAUGCUCUAUGGAUGUUUUGUCAAGUCUGCUACGCUACUGUCAGGAGAAGAACAGCCAGAGAAAAUCAGUGAUGCAGAAGACGACAGCAGCAGCUCUUCUGAAGACGAGGACCAGAAACUCGACCUGUCUACCACUACUAAGCUGUCUGAUGCAGAUCUGCUGAAAGCUUGUGGAGGACGAACAGCACACAAAGGAGCCAGACAUGGACUCACUAUGAGUGCCAAACUGGCCCGACUAGAGCAGCAGGAGCAGGAGUUCAUCAACAAAUAUGGGAAGAAAAAGCACACUGCUGAAACAUCCACUAACAACACCGAGCAUCUAAACACUGAGAGACAUUCAGAGGGUAAAGAGAAAACCAAACGCAAGAAGUCAAAAAAGAAGGAAGAAGUUUUAGAGGAGGACAACAGCCAUGAUACAGUUGAAGAUGACAAAUCCAAAAAGAGCAAAGUAUCAGAUGCUGCUUCUGUGAGUGAUGAUAUGACAGAAAAUACUAAGCAGAAGAAGAAAAAGAGAAAGCACAAAGAAAAAGCGCCUCAGGAUUGUCCAAAUCACUGCAGUGAAGAUGUGAAUGAAGAGGCUGAACCCAAAUCAGAGGAAAGCGAGAGAUUUCUGCCGAUAAAUGAAAGCAUGGAGAAGAAGAAAAAGAAGAAGAAACGGUCUAAAGUGGCUCCUGAGACAGCAGACGAGGCCAGUGAGGAUCACAUAGAAGCACAUGGUGAGCUACCACUGGAGGGCAGUACUGAGCAUCAACUCGCCUCUGAAUUACCCUCAAAAAGGAAAAAGAAGAAAAGGAAUUUUGAGCAACUUGAAGCAUCUGAGAACUCGGUGGAUGUGACAGAGGACACUAAUAAUGAAGCAUUGAUCAUGGACACACAAGAGAACAGCAGGAGGAAGAACAAGAAAAAGAAACGAGGAAAAAACAAGGAGCUGGAGAAUGUUGAAGAUGUGAUGGAGGCAGUGCCAAAGAAAAAGAGUAAAGAAUGAACUUGCUUGAUCCUGAACUCACUGUAUAUCAGUGGUCUUAAACUCAAUUCCUGGAGGGCCGAAGCUCUGCAGAUUUUAGCUCCAACCACUGAACACCUUGGAUCAGCUGUGUUUGCAGCAAAAGUGUGCAGAGCUGCUGCCCUCCAGGAAUUGAGUUUGAGACCUAUGCUGUAGAUCAGGGGCCACCAAUCUCAUUCCUGGAGGUCCGGUACACUGCAUGGUUUAGCUCCAACUUGCCUCAACACACCUGCCUGGGUGUUUCAAGUUUAUCUAGUAAAACCUUGAUCAGCUUGUUCAGGUGUGUUUGAUUAGGGUUGGAGCUAAAAUCUGCAGGACACCGGCCCUCCAGAAACAAGUUUGGUGACCACUGCUGUAGAUGCUGGCUGAUGAGCAGAAUCCUAUGCUGGAGACACAACAAACAUAACUGUGUUCAGAUCAGUUUGUGUAAUGCAGCACUCAUAUUUAUUUACUUACAAAUGAUGGUCCUUUUUUUAAAUCUGGAGACUCGGAGGCGACAUGAAAUAUGAGCAUUUUUAAGAGCUGGAUUUGCACAUUUUUGUGUGUAUAAAUAACAAUGUGACAUCAACUGCCAAUCACUACAAACAUGCUGUGAUUGAAAAACAGUGUUUUUUUUUUUUAUUAAAAACGACUGCAAUUUG